CGCUGGCUGUUGCAAGGUUUUGUUUAUGGUUUGUCGCCAUAACAACCUCCGUGGUACGGAGCGAAACAUGAGGGAAGCCUGCUGAAGGCCCGUAGACACCGUAGAUUUCAUACAUGGUCUACGUCAACGAAAACUAGCGUAACGGCUGCAAGGAAGCAUGCAGUUGCAGAAACGCUAAAGGUAUGGAGACAACGGAUACUGAGUCAGUGGAAGAUGAAUCUGAAUACCCACAGCAACCAUACGUGGACAUCGAGGCCGUCAACAGCACGCUAACUGAAGUCCACCAGCAGUACAACAACCUGCUUCUCAAGUACUCCCAUGCCCUAAAUAUCAUUGAUGAGCUUAAAUGCCAGCUAGCUUGCGGGAUCAAUAGAGGAAUUACCGGUGCCCGGGGCGAGUCCAACGCACUGGGACUUCGGAAAGAUGUCCACUUUCUCGAGAAUGAUAUACGAAAACGGGAGCCAUUGACACCGGCAGCAGGCAAACGAAACUCAAAAGAGUUGGUUACGCAACGACUGUCUGGAGAUCACAACAGUCAGAGGAGGGCGAUCCUCUGCGCUUCGGACGUUGGCCGAGUGAUACCUGUAGAUAAACAGCUGCUCGCUGCUGGGAAGUCUACUGUUCAACCAAAAAAUGAGGCGCGGGAAUCUGUCGGGGAACUCGAAGCGUUGGGAAAACCGACGAGCAGCUGUGUGGGUGUCAUACCUGACCCUACGAACGAGUUUGUUUUGUACGCUGCAAGCGUGGAAGAUAUGCCCAAGUCUUCAUCUCCCCCACGUGCUUAUGACAGCAGUCGUAGGGGGCAUUCCAGUCACAAAAAGACAGCUGCAGUGCAGCCCAAGUACCACCAGGUCGCUGUGGUUUAUCCAGCGCAGCGCAGCGCCGAGUUGUGCACCAUGGGCUGCUGCAUAGCACAUUCCUGCUGCUGUUGUCAGCACACUGCAGAACAUCAAAAAUCCAUACACCACACGGAGGCUCCCCACUCCUCAUGUUGCUUCAGUGCUGGCCUCGAUGCCAAGUUGACACAUCUUUCAAGGAAAUGCCUCUGCAGUGGUACCAGUGCCACAUCAGAUUCUGCAUUAUUUAAGGUUUCAUCAGCUCUGGAUAUUGCCCUCAAGCUCGCUGCAGAGUUGAGGAAAAGCUCAUCAUCUCUCCUUCAACAACUGUAGGGCCAGCUGUAGUUGUGAUAUUUCUAUGCUUUACUUACCCGUGUGUGUGCAUUCCAGUGACAAACACAGGAGGCCUGCUGCUCACAGUAAAUUGCCUCAAUAUUUAUUUACAGCUGCCCACAUUAAAAGCCUAACAGGAACACAAAAUGUGCCAAACUUGACAACUGAGUGAAUCAUGAUGCCAUAUUUUUUUUUCUGACAGAAAGUGAUCCCUUUAUUUGUUUUACAUUGGUGACAUUGUACAAUAAAACAAUUUUUUUAGACAGCUUU